AUGUCCGAAAUCAUUCUCGCACCGCUUGAGAAGCUUCAAAAGCUUUCAAAUACGCUCUUUCUCGCUCUUGGUCCCGCACAAAGCAAGCCACCUCCGCCUCCACCUAUAGAGGCUUUCAUCGAGAUGGACGCCGAACUAGCUGCUGCACUCCAGCAGGCGCGUGUUCAUCAGCUCAAACAGCGACGUAUUGAAGCUCUCUCUGCUGAGGUACUUGAUUUGGAAGGACGGUUACGGGAGAUUUCUACUGAGCUCGAACAGGGCAAGCAGGAGUUGGAGGAAAUGAUCGAGGAAGGGGAUGAACGUGUUAAGGCUAUCCAGAAAGCCAAGGAAGCUGCACUACCAUACCCAGAACUUCUCGCCUACGCACAGAGUCUAAGCGCAUUCACAUCAGCACCGCCGCAUAUGCCAGAUAUGAUGCUUCCCGGACAACCUCCUCCACCACUUUUCUUCCCACCAUUCCCGAAUGAAGAGAAGAUGCGUCGAGGUCGGCUUAACGCAGAAGCACCGCUUGGUUUGUUGGGCGAGACGCAUUCAGUUGGUCGACCACCGACCGUGUCCCCGAAAAGACCAGAACCGGCACCAGGGCCAAUGCCUGGUUAUCCAUACAGAAUGGACCACCACGCGCACCAAGAAGUCUUUGAUUUGGACCUAGACUUGAACCCAGAUUUCUGACCCGCACUUCCACGUUAUGUACGACCUGUCAUACUGCUCCCAACUUCUGGAGUCGACUUAGUGCAAUAUCACGUAUCGCUUCGAUAGCUCUCCCCAACUCGUUUCGCCAGGCAACGUCAUCCAUACUGUACGGGUCUAUGCGUUGUAGACCAUCAGGCUCGUCUGCACCGGGAAGGACACCUUCAUCUCGGAGUUUUCCCUCCAACUCAUUGCGUAUCUGUGCUCGCGAACGGCCGUUGACGAACGUGAUGUACACUAGACCUGGAUAUCGUCGUUCGUAUAUUGCAUUCAAGUGUGCGAGGCUUUCGAGGACUGGUGCGGGAGUUGGAGUAACUGCUGCGUUGAUUUGGGAUGUAUUUGUGGGUUGACCUUGUUCAGCUGCACUCAACGCACUCAGUCCUUCAACUUCACCGAUUCGAGGAUGGGCACCAAUGAAUUUUGCUUUUUGACCUUCCGGAAGCUGGGAAACAAGGUCUAUUGUCAUAUUGACCAGAGCAGUGUAGUCCUUGGGUAGUUGGUCCUCGUCGGUACUUUGGAUUUGUU